AAGAAGAAGCAGAAGACGAGAUGAUCAUCUCUACAUGAAAAUAUCUUUGUAUUUCUAUGUUCUGUACAAGAUUUUCUUUCAUGAGGUUUACAGCAACAGUUAAAUCUGAAGGUGUUUAAGAAAAGCUGGUUACUGUGGCUGUACUUGGAGAGGGUACCUAUGUUCUAACUAGAUGCACCAAGAGGAAAUUAACAUUGGAACCUGAGAACCUUUCUGCAAAGUGUGCUGUGGUUUAUGCAUGUGAAACGCUGCUGGUGUGAAAGCAAACGCGGCACUCGCGCCUCAAACUGCGCACUGCUUUCUGCUUCUGCCCUGUUCCUGCGCGGCAUGCGAUGCUUUCACGGCAUUGCGUUCACUGUGGAACAGAGGUUGCAGAGACAGAAGAACAUGAUGCCAUCAAGAGACUCCAGUAGUCAUCAAACGACUGCUACUAUUCUUUGUAUUAUGACCAGUCAAGAACAAAUACACACAGAACUUCACAUCUGCUCAUAUUGUGGGAAGAGUUUUACUCACCAGAGUAGUUUACAAACACACCAGCACAUUCACACUGGAGAAAAACCUCAUCAGUGCUCACAGUGUGGAAAGAGUUUCAAUCAGAGAAGUCAUCUCCGGCUACACCAGCGCAUUCACACAGGAGAAAAGCCGUAUCACUGCUCACAGUGUGGAAAGAGUUUUGCUGACUCAAGUAAUUUCCAACAACACCAACGAACUCAUACAGGAGAGAAACCAUUUCUCUGUGUACAGUGUGGAAAAAGUUUUACUCACCAGUGUAGUCUCAAAACACACCAGCGCAUCCAUACAGGAGAGAAGCCGUACCACUGCUCCCACUGUGGGAAGAGUUUUGCUGACUUUAGUAAUUGUCUACAACACCAACGAACCCAUGUAGGAGAGAAAUCAUAUCCAUGCUCACAGUGUGGAAAGAGUUUUAAUCUAGAGCGUUCUCUCCAACAACACCAGCGCGUUCACACUGGAGAUAAACCGUAUCAGUGCUCACAGUGUGGGAAGAAUUUUAAUCACAAAAGGUCUCUCCAGCGUCACCAGAGUAUUCACAGAGGAGAGAAGCCGUAUCACUGCUCACAGUGUGGGAAGAGUUUUAAUCGAGAGAAUAAUUUCCAAACACAUCAGCGCAUUCACACCGGCGAGAAACCUUAUAGCUGCUUACAGUGUGGAAAACGUUUUACCCAAAUAAGUGGUCUCAGAGCACACCAGCGCAUUCACACGGGAGAAAAGCCUUAUCACUGCUCACAGUGUGGGAAGGGUUUCAUUCAGAGAAGUCAUCUUCAGUAUCACCAGCGAGUUCACACAAGAUAAAAGUCGUAUCACUGCUCAGAGUGUGGGAAAAGUUUUACUCACCCAAGUAAUUUCCAAAAACACUAUUCACAUGAGAGAGAGAAGCUGUGUUAGUGCUUCAUGGGUAGCAUGUUUGCCUCACACCGCCAGGGUUGAGGGUUCGGUUCCUGCUGCGACCCUGUGCAUGCGGAUUUUGCAUGUUCUCCCCAUGCUUCGGGGUUUCCUCCGGGUACUCCUCCAGUCCAAAGACAUGCAUUGUAGCCAAUUGGCGUGGCCGUAGUGUGUGUGUGUGUGUGUGUGUGUGUGAGUGUGAUUGUGCCCAGUGAUGGAUUGGCACCUCGUCCAGGGUGUACCCUGCCAUGUGCCCCAUGACCCCUGGGAUAAGCGGUAUAGAAAAUGCAUGGAUGUACAGUGGUGCUUGAAAGUUUGUGGACACUUUAGAAUUUUCUAUUUUUCUGCUUACAUAUGAUAAAACAUCGUCUGAUUUGUCCUAAAAGUAGACAAAGAGAACCCAGUUAAACAAAUGAGUCCUCAGAAAUUAUACGAGUGAAAUGAAAUGAAUCCUCAUGCCAUGAUACACUCCCACAAAUGUGUUGUGAAGAUCAGAUUUCGAUAGAUCCCUAUUCUUUGUCAUCCCACUGAUUGAUAUCACCUGAGUCUAAUUUCACUCUUUGUCUACUUUUAGGAUUUGUGUGAAAAUCUGAUUAUGUUUUUAGGUCAUAUUUAUGCAGAAAUAUAGAACAUUCUAAAGGGUUCACAAAUUUCAAGCAUCGCUGUACUUAUUUAAGUUGUUUUAAGAUGCACAAGUGUACCAAAACCGAGCCAUAAAUAAAGCUAUAAAUCUGCUUUGUGACCAUG